AUGACACAUCUCCUGUUACCUAACACCAUGAGUGCCACGACCCUCGUUUUUGUGUGCGCGUUGGUGUUGAAGGCGGCUCCAAUCGGGCUGAAAGACCUUAAGGUCUCAGUGCCCAUGUCUUGUGUGGAUGUGGACACAGAUGGCUUGGUGGACAGACACCAAGUAGCCAGCAUUGUUCAGCACAUUAAGGCUCUUGAGGUGGCUUCGCCUCCUAUUUUGCUGGUUCUACUAUGCCGUGCAUACCUGAGCCGAAGACUCGUCCUGAGUUUUCGAGAUCUUCCAGAGGACAUCAUCCUGUUGCCGUGUCCUCCUGACGCGAAGAGUGCUGUUGCCGAAGAGGUUCCAACCUACGCUGCACAAUGCUUUGAAGAGGCGAGGCGGUUGCGAGAUGAGGUUGAACUGUGCCCAGACUGUCUCGGCCUUGAUUUCACGCCUCGGACUAUGAAAGUGUGGUAUGAUGCAGGCAGCGAAGCAUACACAGGUGCAUCGAAGAUGAUAAACAUUUUGCGCCGGAAGGAGGGCAUCGCGAAAAGCAGUGGCAAAGCCUCCAUGGCAGAUCGCGAACUGAUGCUUCGUCAGGUUUUAGAUAGGAAGAUUGAGGACGUUUGCGUACGGUUGGAUGUGCCCCGAACAGCAGUGCAUUUUAUCGAGAAUUACCACAGCGGUGUGCUGAACCUUGAGCAGGAGGCAACGUGUACUGUACUAUCACGCGAGACGUCCAUUCUUAACACUUUCAGAGUUGGGAGACAAUGGGUCUGA